AUUACGCUAACCUCUACAUGAAGUGUUGGGACUCUGAACCUGAAAAACGUCCGAGAUUGUAUGAAAUUUUAACCGAACUUGAAAAGUUAUCUAAAGAGAUAAAGAUUUUGUCGGUCAUAAAUAUUAAACAUUCAGUUUAA